AUGAGCUGCAUGAGGAGGGGUAAUAGAAGCACAUUCUCUGAGUUCAUCCUCCUGGGGCUCCCCAUCAGGCCAGAGGAGCAAGGCCAGUUCUAUGCCCUUUUCCUGGCCAUCUACCUGACCACCAUGCUGGGGAACCUGCUCAUCAUCCUGCUCAUCAGGCUGGACUUCCGCCUCCACACCCCCAUGUACUUCUUCCUCAGCCACUUGGCUUUCACUGAUGUUUCUUUCUCCUCUGUCACAGCACCAAAGAUGCUCAUGAACAUGCUGACACAGAGCAAGUCCAUCCCAUAUGCUGGAUGCAUUUCCCAGGUGUAUUUUUUCUUGUUUUUUGGGGAUCUCGACAGCUUCCUCCUCACUUCAAUGGCCUAUGACAGAUAUGUGGCCAUCUGUCACCCCCUGCACUACACCACCAUCAUGAGUCAGAAGCUGUGUUUCCUGCUAGUUAUUGUAUCCUGGGUCUUAUCUUGUAUCAGUGCCCUUGUGCACACUCUCCUCCUAGCUCAUCUCUCUUUCUAUGAAGACAACACUCUGCCCCAUUUCUUCUGCGACCUCUCUGCCUUACUUAAGCUGUCCAGCUCAGACACCACAGUCAAUGAGCUGGUUAUCUUCACCGUAGGAGUGGUGGUCAUUACUGUACCAUUCCUAUGCAUUCUGGUCUCUUAUGGCCGCAUUGGGGCCACCAUCCUGAGAGCUCCCUCCUUGAAGGGAAUCUGCAAAGCCCUGUCCACAUGUGGCUCUCACCUUUCUGUGGUUUCUCUUUAUUACGGAGCAAUUAUUGGGCUCUACUUUUUCCCCGCAUCCAGUAACACUAAUGAUAAAGAUGUCAUUGUGGCUGUGCUGUACACAUUAGUGACACCUAUGUUAAAUCCUUUUAUCUACAGUCUGAGGAAUAAGGAUAUGAAAGGCGCUCUGGGAGCUGUAUUCAGAAGAACAUUUGCAGAAUGA